GAGUAGAUCGGGCCUGAAUUUGGUAUCUCACAGAGGAAGCCCGAUAAAAUCGGAGUUUCAAAUACCUUGUCAAUUUCGGCUCCAAAACCCAGCUUCUAGCUUUGAAAUUCGAUCAUGCAAAUGGAGCUGCCGGCGUCGAAUUCUCCGGCAAUCCGUCGUUGUUACUCGAAAUCGCUGCCUCCGGUGAAUUCACAUUCCAGAUGCGGAAUGCAGUGUCGGAAAGUGGUUGAUAUAUCCCCUCCAUCUCUCUCCAGAAUUCGGAAACCCUCUCGCAGAAUCUCGGCCUCUGCUAAUUUUGCCUGCGAUGAACAUUUGGAACCGCAGAAUUUUGGAAAGAAGAAAUGGUUUCACUUCGUCGGCGUCGGAGGAAGCGGAUUAUCUGCUCUUGCUAUGCUUGCGCUUAAGCAGGGUCAAGUGGUUAGCGGUUCGGAUAUAGCGUGGAGUGGCUAUAUGGAUGCAUUAAAAGAAGCCGGCGCGUCAAUUUAUAUAGGUCACUCGGAAACGAAUUUGCAGGGAAACGGGGAUGUAUCGAGUUUACCUGAUGCAGUUGUUGUCUCGAGUGCUGUUCCGCCGGGGAAUGUGGAGAUUUCGAUUGCCAAAUCUUGUGGAGUACCUGUGUAUAAGCGAGGUGCAUGGUUGGGGAAGAUAACCGAGGAUUAUAAUUUGAUUGCUGUCAGUGGCAGCCAUGGAAAGAGUACCACAACAAGUAUGCUUGCUUAUGUAUUAAAGGCUAUGGGAGAUGAUCUUACAGUUGUGAUCGGGGCACAGGUUCAACAGUUUUCUGGAGCUAAUGUUAUUCAUGGGCAUGGGCGCAACUUUGUACUGGAGGCUGAUGAAUAUGAUGCUUGUUUCCUUGGAUUAUCACCUCAUGUAGCCAUAGUAACAAAUGUGGACUGGGAGCAUGUUGAUAUAUUUCGAGAUGAGGACGCUGUCAUAGAAGUUUUUAGGAAGUUCCUUGGCCAAAUAAGAACUGGUGGGCACCUAAUACUGAAUGGGGAUAGGUAUGUAUCACCAUCUUUUAUGGUUUAUUAUUCAUUUUCUAUGCUAGAAAUAUCUGAAGCUCUUGAUGAUACGGAGUCUCUCUCCGCCUACCUAUGCAGCAGCAGAUACAAAAUUACAACCUUUGGCAUGUCAAGUUACAAUGACUGGCAGGCAUCAUCAGUUUCUUCAAACUCCAUCGGUGGUUGUGACUAUAAACUGUGCCACAAGGGACGAGCUGUCCUUGACAUCAGCUUACAAAUACCAGGAGUUCAUAAUGUUCUUAAUUCGUUAGCGGUUAUUGCUGCAUUGAGUGCUAUACUCGGUGAUAAAAGACAAGUUUAUGAAUCAAUUCAUAUGGUGAAGUCACAUUUAAAAAAUUUCAAAGGUGUUUCCAGACGUUUUGAGUUCAUCGGUGCAAUUCAUGGAUACCAUAUUUUUGAUGAUUAUGCUCACCACCCCACUGAAGUCCGUGCUGUUCUUCAAGCAGCAAGAAAGAUGUUCCCCUCAAAAGAGCUUCUGGUGGUUUUUCAGCCUCACACUUACAGCCGCUUAGCAGCAAUGAAGAGCGAGUUUGCCUCUUCAUUUACUGAAACGAAUCGAGUUAUAAUUACAGAGAUUUAUGCUGCCAGGGAAGCUAACUUUUGGAGUAUCAGUGGAGAGGAUCUGGCUAGGUCCAUAACCAGCCCUCCUUGUGAUUUUAUCCCAUGCCUGGACAAUGUGGUGGAUAGGUUGGUGGAUAUGGUAUCCAAGGAUCCUUGUCAUCAGAUGGUCAUCUUGACACUUGGAGCAGGCGAUAUAACUACUGUCGGACGAAAGCUGCUCAAAAAAUUGCAGCAAAUCUUUAAGUAAUUCAUUCAACCCAACAAUCGCAAAGCUCAACUGAAAAAUCUGCAGCAUACCACACUGAAAAAUCUGCAGCACACCACACGUAACGGCAGCCAAAAGCAAGUGGAAUUUGUAUUCAACAACAAACACGAAAGGGGAAACCAGGAUACGGUAAUCAGGGAAAGACACAAAAUUGGAUUGUAAUUAUUUCCAAGGUCUUGGAAUAAUCUAGAAAUCAUUAUACAUGAGAAUCGUCGUGCCAAUCUCUAGAUGUCAACAAAG